GGAUUUUGAGGAAGGAGCAUUUCUUCAUUGAUGGAGGAGCCUAUGCAAAGAAUUUAUGUCAUUCACACACUUCCUUUCUAACCCAAAACCCCACCAUAUCUCUUCCUCUUUCUCUUUUCUCUCUUCCCUAUAUCAAUCUACAAUUCAAGAUUCACCUCCAUUUAUGAGUGAGACCAACAAGCGCAAAGAGGAAAAAAGGAAGCUGCUGCUUAUGGAUUGUUUCGGCGGCAAGAAACAGAGCAGCAACCAAUGUGAGAAAGACCUUAGAGGGUUGGCUGAAAAGGUCAGGCUUCUCCAAGAUGAAAUCAAGGCUAUACUGUGUGAAAGAGAGAAAGAGACCAGAGCUUAUGAGAGAGACAUGGUGGUUUUUACAUUUAAGGAAGCUGAGUGGAAGCAAGAGAGAAAGAAGCUUAAAGAGGAAGUGAAGAGGUUGAGAAAGAUGUUGGAAGAGAAAGAAGAGAAGAUUAGAGAAAUGGAAGAUGGGUUAGUGGAAGAGAAAAAUGAGAAGAAUUGGUCGUUUUCAGGUCUGAAUUCUAGCUUCUUGGUGGAGCAAAUGAGGGAAGAGAGAGUGUGGAGAGAUGAAGCUGUUGAUAAAUGGAAGAAGCUGUAUCUUACUAUCAAGACUGAGUUAGAUGAUCUCAUUCAGAGAACUCAUCGUGGGGAUGGACUAUAUUGGAAAGCAGAGGAAGAAGACAUGAUUGAAGAACUAAAGAUGGAAGUGAAAGCUAAGGAGGAAAUCAUUGAAGAGCUGAAAGCAAGAUUAGCUUUAGUGGAGCAUGAAGAGUACAAGAGAGCAAGAGAGGUUGAUAUACUGAGGCAGAGUUUGAGAAUCAUGAGCAGUAAAAAAGAUCCAAGCUUUGAUCUCAGCAAACCCAAGUUGACACUUGUGAAACAGCCUAGAAAAGUUUAAAAUUUUAAGUAAAAUUCUAUUUUCUGGUAGAUUGUAUGUAUGGCUAUUAAAGUUUCAGUGAAGCAAAAUCUCCUAACUCUA